CGUCACAAAAGCCGGGUCUGGAGCCCAGCAGGCUGGCCUGGGUGUCAUUAAGUCCGGGCGAGCGGGGCCAUGGGCUGCUGCCAGGACAAGGACUGUCAGACCUCUGAUGAGCAAGCCAAGGAAACUGACCUGGAGGAAGCCGCGGGAGGCGUCCAUGGUACCAGGUUAAACUGCCCGGGCCCCCGGAAACCCAAGUCUAAUGAAAGCCUUCUGAUCACCGUGCUGUGGCGGCGGCUAUCCAUGUUCAGUCGUCGGGGUUCCUCGCGGUCAACCAAAAGACACUCCGACCUGGUUCCAAGGCAAGGGAGUCCUAUUCCGGAGGACAUGCAGGAGGGCAUCCAGGAGGAGCCGGAAAAGGGGUGACCUCAGCCCCGCUCUCAGUCUGCCCCACACUACAGAGAAUAAAAUUUCUAACGUGGACUUCCGGAGCACUUGAGGCCUCUGCUGCCCACUCUCAGGGCCCU